AAUUCCUUCACACUUGAAGCAGCGCACCAGUUGUUGUUUAUGAAGAGGCCCACUUCUCCCCCUUUGAUUUUGCCAGAGUCUGCUGUCUGGUCACGACGAAGCAUGGAGAAACCCUAGACUUUUAUGUCCAUAUCGCCCGUCAGCCAAGUUUCUUAAAAGCAUAGAAUAGUACAGCUUUUCAAGCCCCGUUGGUAGGAAACUCUCAAACGGAGCUCAUCCAUCUUGUUCUCAAGUGACUGGACAUUUGCCAAUAUAACAGAGGGGAGUGCCGGAUGAUUUUUCUUUGCGUCUAACAAGGACUCUAGCCCUCGCUUGCGGCACUUGGGUAGCCCGAACAAUGGAGUAGGGUCCGGUGUAAACAACGGAACAGCUGAGUCGGAGUUGAAGUAGGACCAAAAAUCAAAGUCGAAGUUGAGAAAGCGAUAGAUCUUGUGACCAAAGCCACAGAGGAGGAUAAGAACAAGAACUAUGAGGAGGCUUUGCGCCUUUACCAGCAUGCAGUGGAGUACUUCCUGCAUGCUAUCAAGUAUGAUGCACACAGUGACAAGGCAAAGGAGAGCAUACGUGGGAAGUGUAUGCAGUACCUAGACCGGGCAGAGAAACUCAAAGAUUACUUGAAGAACAAAGAAAAAGCAGGGAAGAAGCCUGUUAAGGAAGCACAGAGUAAUGAUAAGAGUGACAGUGACAGCGAGGGUGAAAAUCCAGAGAGAAAGAAACUGCAAGAGCAACUAAUGGGUGCCAUUGUAAUGGAAAAGCCCAAUGUCCGGUGGAACGAUGUGGCUGGACUAGAGGGAGCUAAGGAGGCCUUGAAGGAAGCCGUAAUCCUGCCCAUUAAAUUCCCUCACCUCUUCACAGGCAAACGCACUCCAUGGAGAGGGAUUCUUCUCUUUGGACCCCCUGGGACAGGAAAGUCUUACCUGGCCAAAGCAGUAGCCACAGAAGCCAACAACUCCACCUUCUUCUCUGUGUCAUCAUCAGACCUCAUGUCCAAGUGGCUUGGAGAGAGUGAGAAACUUGUGAAGAACCUGUUUGAUCUUGCCCGCCAGCACAAGCCCUCCAUCAUCUUUAUUGACGAGGUGGACUCGCUCUGUGGCUCCAGGAAUGAGAAUGAGAGUGAGGCAGCCCGGCGGAUCAAGACAGAGUUCCUGGUACAGAUGCAAGGUGUGGGCAACAACAAUGAUGGAAUCCUUACCCUUGGGGCAACUAACAUUCCCUGGGUUCUGGAUGCUGCCAUCCGCAGAAGGUCAGUGGUCAAAAUCGGAGGACAGGGUCAAGUUGGGAUGGGACAUAGGUUUGAGAAGCGUAUCUACAUCCCUCUCCCAGAGGAGCCUGCUAGGUCCCAGAUGUUCCGUCUGCACCUGGGCAACACGCCCCACAGCCUGAGUGACGCAGACCUUCGUCAGCUUGCCAAAAAGACAGAAGGCUACUCUGGGGCUGACAUCAGCGUCAUUGUACGAGAUGCCCUCAUGCAGCCUGUCAGGAAAGUACAGUCAGCCACACACUUCAAAAAGGUGCAAGGGGCGUCCCGUGCCAACAGUCAAUUGAUGGUGGAUGACCUUCUAACCCCGUGUUCGCCUGGGGACCCGGCUGCCAUAGAGAUGACCUGGAUGGAAGUGUCUAGCGACAAGCUGCUGGAGCCCAUCGUCUGCAUGUCUGACAUGCUGCGGUCCCUGUCCACCACGCGCCCCACAGUCAACACGGAGGACUUGUUCAAGGUCAGGAAGUUCACAGAGGACUUUGGACAGGAGGGUUGAGAGAGCCUUGUCAUCUGGAGCUUACCAACUCCUUACCCUGUGUGGUGGAAAUAUUAAUUACACACUAUACUGUUUAAUUAGACAUACUAUGCUGUUUUACUUAGAGAAUUGUCUAUUGUUAUAUGUUAGUAUUUUUACUGAUACAGGCUUGUCUUGUGUGACUUAAUGGGAAGUGCAGGGAGGAACAGAGAGUGGUGGCAAUAUCAGCUAUCUUGAUCUACACAGACGAGCUAAAUUACGUUUUAUAUCUCUUUUCCCAGGGCCUGUUUCUGCACAUCUGCUAAACUGCCAUGUAGACAAAAUAGGUUUUACUUUUUCUAUAAGAGGAGAGAUACAACUCUGUUCAUUGCGCUUUCCUAACGAUGCACUGAUUGAUUGAGUGGUUGUUAUUGAUUGCUUCAUUUUGGCUAAUCUUACAAUGAAGUUGAAGAAGACAGUCUUUCUCCUUUUGGUUAGAAUUACCACCACACCUGCCACUUCUUCUCUCAAGCCCCAUUCAUACGACCAAGUUCGACUAACCUGCAUUGGCAAGAAUGAUGGAGCAUUUUAACUUCAUGUACAGUAUAUUCUUUCCCUCCGAUCAUUCACUAUUGCAGUCCUGAAGACAGAAAGACUAUUUAUUUCUCCGCCAUUUUGCACUUUUUUAAGUUAUUUGAAGUUAGUAAUUAUGAACGAGAGGUAUUGAAGCACUUUUGAACAAUUACAUGUUUCACGGUUUUCUUGUCUCUCGUGUGUAAGUGAUACAUUAAGACUGACACAUUUUAUUCAAUGUGUCAGUCUUAAUGUAUGUCUUUUAUGUGUAUGAUUUCUCUGUUUACUUUGCUUUUUAAUUUAUUGAGUAUUGACUGACCAUAGCUGCUCCAGUGUAGCCACCUCUCCCAAUCCCCACUAGAGCUGUCCCUAUGUUACAAGUAGUGUUACUUACACUAUUUAUGAUUAUUUAUUUGAUUAUAUUUCAUCUCGUCCAGAUUUUUGCUGUGACUGACUGAGUACAGUUGUUGAGUGGGGGAGGCGUUUACAUUUGAGCAUUUCUCUGUUGACAUGUGAGUGAAGAUGGGGAUGAGCAUUUUUGUAUUUCUGGAUUUGAACAUUGAAAAUAAUAUUUCCAUGACAGACACUAUCAUAUUGUUCCAAUACUGUUGUCAUAAUAGUAUUGCUGUGUCUCUGUAUAGAUGGGGGUAUCGGUUCAGUAAUACUUAAGUCAGUUCUGGUCCCAAGGGGAUCUCACUCCUGUUACAUGUAGCUAUGAUAACCAAGUUACCCUGACUUAAUAAAACCUGAAUUCAAAAAGAA